GGUCACCUUGACCAAAACACUGACAUGCAUGCCAUUCACUGUACCUGCACGCGUCAGGCCCGUACCGGGUGCACCUACCAGUGCUGAAGCGCCUAGAGCGUCUCAGACCUGCUCUGCCCUUCGUGUCCUCGAGCAAUCGCUCAAGACGGGAACUUCGUUUGACAUAGUAUUCCAAGCAUACACUCGUCGUUUGUCUCUCGGCAAAGUCGCCAGACCAAUUCCGAUCUAUGCGAGUACCGCUGUGCUGCAAACAACUUUACCAGACUUUUCCGGAGGAAACCUUGAUUCGUUCUCCCUCUUUGAACUGUCUGAAGGCGACACUCCCUUUCACUUCGCUGGAGAGUUAUGAACACGAUUCUGACAGUGACCUAGAUGACGAUGAUUUCGUCAUGAAUAACAACAAUCUUUCACCAGUCAACAAUAAAUCAAACGAAGACACGGCUGAUACUGGUUCAAUGUCGUCUUUGUCUAGCAUCGAAGAGCGACUGGACAACUGGCCAUCACUUGUUGGAGAUGUUGGGAUAGCGCCAGUUGUGAUCGGCGAGAACCUAAAGCGUGAAUCUCGAGUUAUUCUCGUAAAGGGUGUUGCCUGGAAGACGUGGCACGCCUUUAUUUAUUACUGUUACACUGGCAUCGUCAACUUUGUAAACUUGCGGUCUCAAAGUACACCUGACGAACAGAGUCGCUUAGAAGAUGGUCCACCACAUUGCUCCCCGAAGUCUAUGUAUCAAUUGGCUAGGAAGCUUAACAAUGAAACAUUAUCUCGACUUGCUUUAAAGGCCAUUGAAACCAAGCUGUCCGCGGCCAACAUACUGGAUGAAGCAUUCUCCAAAUUUACUUCCAGGCAUGAUGCUGUCAGAGUAAUGGAAAUUUCCCUCCUGCUGAAAUAUAGGAAUGCGUCGGAAGUUGUGCAAGGUCUCCCAGCUAAAAUGGAAGCUGUGGCCAGGGGUAACAUGCCCAACGCUGGACAGGUUCUCACUGCGUUAAUUAUGCAGGUGCCUGGCCAGAAUUGAACCCGGUGUCGUCCGUUGUUUGGGUCUGUUCAUUGCGUGGACUUUACAUUGUAUUACCAACUUGUAGCAUUGACCAUUGUUGAUGCGACCCGCUUAACGCGUAUCAUCGAGCUCAUGUCAAAAUUGGAAUCCUGCUCA